AUGUCUCCAAAAGGCUACCGGGCCAUCAGAACCAAACAGACGUCGAACACAAUCAUAGUCUGCCAAGCAUAUUCUGCCGAGAUAACAGAUCCGGCAAUCAAAGCUCAAACAUUUAGCUACCUUUUUCUCGUAAAUGAACGAGUCUUGGCUAUCGAAACUACUCGCGAGGGAUUUGAAUGGGCCUCUACGACACUCACCCAUGCCAUGAGUCACCAUACAGCUGGCGAUGGAACGGAUCAUGAAGAAUGGCAGAGGAAGCUGCAGUCCAGUCCUGUGCGCGUACAAUGGGUUCUCGAGAGGGACCUUUCACUGCGGUCUUUGGACUAUCGAAGUAUUCAGAUCGGUUUAAGUGGAGAGGCUGUUGGGAAAUAUUUUGGUGAAUGGGUUGUUUCGACUACUGAUAUGACUAAUACAAUGAGGAAAGUCGAUCAAUAUCUCAAGGAAGGGAGGUUUGAUGCUGCCAAGGAGUGUUUGCCUGAGGAGGAAAUACAUUUCUUGCCUGGAGAUUUACUGCGGGCAUUGAGGAUGGACUAG